AUGACCACCCAAAGCAACAUCCGGGAUACCCCCACCCUCAUUAAACGCAACGGCGAAUACUACUCUAGAACCAAGAAAACAAAAUUAAUAGACUGGCUCUUGAUGUUAGAGCAAAAGGACGACAUCUUAAGCUUACCAGCCAGCAAGAAUGGAGGCGCAACGCUCUUGAAAAACGACGACUUCCGCAUCGACUAUCAGGGAUACUUCAACUCUGCUGCCCCCUACGAGAUCGGAUGGAUCAACCUCCAAGUGCAAGAGAACACCCCGAGGAAGUCCAACGCCUCCACAACCGUCAUAACAACAUACGUGCAUUAUCAAGGCUACCAUGAACCGCCCGGACGGAUUACCGGCAAUAUCGUCUUGCGCGCCAUGAUCCAGCAGGCUAUGCACAUCAUCGGCGAGUUGUCGGUCUUUGUAUCUAAGUCGCAAGAAGCAGCGAUCGUGGUGCAGAACAUUCCACGGAGUCCCCAGGGCCUGCUUAAGCGUGGUUGGGGCAGUUUGGAGGAGGCAAAGGAGAUUCAGGGUCUGAAGAAGUGGAAUGAUCCAAAGAUGAAGGGGAAAUGGGCUUCCAUUUGGGUUCCAGGAUCUUAG